UGCUCCUAACCAUAGGUAGCUAGCUAACGAGUGUGUAUUAGAAGUUUAGCCGUUAUUUCGCAACAUACUGGUGUGCUGCCACCACACAUAUUAUUAGCCUAUAACUUAUUUUGUUUAAAAAUACAGCAUCUAAUAUGGCUUCUCCAAAUUAUUCCCUGAAAGUUAACAGACAGCUCUUGGAUCCCAGCUUUGAGAGUUACAGACUGUCCCUGGACCCCAUUCCAACUUACAACGUUGUGCUUGAUGCGGCUGUUGCUGAGGUUAAACUUAAAGACAAUCAAUACACUCUGGAACACAUGAGAGCCUUUGGUAUGUACAACUACCUCCACAUUGACCCGUGGUAUGAAGACAGCGUUUACUUCGUAGACUGCAAAGGACGAGUGCUCAAUCUGACUGUGACCUUGGACACAGCUCUGGGGAAGCCGAGGGAGGUAUACCGUAUGACCUCUGACCCUGCCGUGUGUGAGGAACACCUGUGUGCCUCGCUUAGCCUUACCUCUGCCACGUGGGCCGCCCUGUCAGAUGGCACGGGCAGGUUGUUGCUCCUGCGCACGAGCAAGAGGGGAGAGAGCUCACACUUGAAGUGGGAGCCGAUGUUCAGUGAGAUUGUGGGUGAGCCCUUUACACUGCUGCACAGUGUGUCUCAUGUCCAGUCUGGGGUUCACACAAUGGAACUGUUGCUGCUUCGCGUCCAAAAGGAUAUUGCUGACUCCCAGGGCAGUGGAUUCUUUGUGUCACUGGAAUGGAUCACAGUGGCAAACACCGCAGGGCAAGGAGAGGAGAAAAAAUAUGAAAUAACGAAGAAGAGGCUGUUGAGAGGGAAGUCAGUACCUCACUAUGCAGCUUUAGAGCCACAGGGGAAAGGUCUGAUGGUGGCCUCAGAAAAACCCUUUAUUUUUAUGGAGGUCGACGGACAACCUCUGGAGGAAGAGCCAGCAGAAGCCAUGGAGGAGGAUAAGCCAGAACCCAUUUAUUUUUGGCGGCAGACUGAGGAAGAUGUUACGGUGUGCGUACGUCUGCCGGAAGGCAUAACUAAAGAUGACGUGCGUUUCAAGCUCACCGCCGACAGCCUGUGCAUCGGGGUGAAGGAUUACGCGCCCCUCCUGGAGGGCCAGCUGCAUGCGCCCGUGGACCCUGAGGCCAGCACCUGGACCAUCAAAGAUGACAAAAGUCUGGAGGUAUUUCUACAGAAGCGUACUGAGGGGCCCAUGUGGUCUGAACUGGUGACAGGAGAUCGAAGAGGACAGUUUAUUAUGAGUGACGAACAGGCAGCUCAGGUCCAUCAGAGACUCAGCCACCUGACCGCAGAGGACCUGAACGCUAACCCUGACAAGGACAAGCCGCCAUGCAAUGCCCAGGAACUGGAGGACUGUGACGUGUUCCCAGAGGACAGUUCUAGCCUAAUGCGUUUCGAUGGUGUUUCUCUGAAGCCAACCCAUGUGGUGAACCUUGGAAGCCACCAGUUCCUCUUCUCCGUUGACUUGAACCCGUCGGAGAUGCCUGCGUUUUGCCUGCGCCAUGACGUGGACGCCCUGCUCUGGCAGCCGCGACCCGAUCCGCCCAACGAAAUGUGGGAACAUGUGGCCACCUUCAAUGCUCUCGGUUAUGUUCAGGCUUCAAAGCGUGACAAAAAGUUUUCAACCUGCGCGCCCAACUUCUCAUACGCAUCGCUGGGGGAAUGCCUUAGACGCGUGUUCAUCUACCGGCAGCCCUCACCUGUCGAUACAGUUCUCUUCAACCGGAAACAGGGCCGGCAGGUCGGACAGGUUGCCAAGCAACAGGUUGCCAGUUUGGACUCGAACGACCCUAUCCUCGGUUUCAGGGCCACUAACGAGAGACUGUUCGUCCUUACAACCAACAACCUGUUUGUGCUGAAAGUAAACAAUUAAAUUACAUUCAGGAGUUAGAUGAUAUACCCCCAGUUCUAAUCUAAAGCUCAACCAUUCCAAGAUGGUCCAAGGCCAAUCUAUAAGAGUGCUUUUUUUGUACGACGUGGAUUACAAAAUUUUGAUCUGAAAGCGGUCCAUUUGAAGACCGUGCUGAUUUCAUGUCAAACCGGCAGUGUGAAAUAGCACAGUGUUAUUUCCUUUACAGUCUGAUUUCUGGAAUAAAUCCGACAUGAAUUUCUUCAUUUGUAUCAUGUAUAUAGUAGGUACAUCACAUGAGAAACAAUAUCCACAC